ACUACGUAUGAAAAUCGAACAACACUAGAUUUUGCUAGUCGAACCGUCCAAUCAUAUUUAGUGUGCAGUACUAAAUGUACACAGUUACUACUAAGUGGGAUUAAAGUGCUAUUAAACAAAAGUUGAGGGAACGAAAAGCAGAUAUUCACUUCACAAAAACUCGACAACGGUUACGCACGAACAUGGGGUCGGUUCGAACUUCGAACAAUAUUGUGGCUGCCUCGACUCACUAUGCUGACUGUUCUUGCUCGCAUGGGCCCACUGAAACCAAGCUAGAGAGAGGGAGAGAGAGCAUUCAUUGACUACUGCUUUGUGGGCUGCUUUUCGUUUCAGUUUUCAUCUGAAAAUUAGUUUCUGUUCCAAAAAAAAAAAAAAACUCAUUUUAUUGACACAGUGACCAAAAUUGUGAUUACACCUCUUCACUUUUUGAUGGUGUCUAUCUGAUAAUGCUUUAGCAAUGAAUUCACUUUUACACCUACUUCUAUGUUAACUGAAAGCAAUAAGCUUAAUGGUUAGAAAGGGAACCAACAAAAGAAUGGGUUGGAUUGUUGAUCAUCCGAAGGUAAGAAAGGAAUUUCAGAUACUGGACCUGCAGUGAAAAAUACAGAAGGAAGAGUCAAUGAGAAGGAUACACUAGGAGAGGCACUUCCAAAUAGUAACCACACAGUCAUGCCUCAAACAAAGAGCAGGAUUGAUACAAGUCACGUACCAGACGAGAAGAGAAGUAAGAAAAAAUUUAAGAAAUCUUUUAGAAGGGAAAACAGAAGCAUUGAUGCAGCACAGAAUGAAAAGCCGGCACCUGAAGAAGGCAAGACUUGUAUGCCUACAGUUGAAGUUUCUGAUGUGAGAGACAAAAAUGAAAUUGCUCCUGAGAGUAAUCGCAGCCCUCAGAAUUUGAAUAGUUUUGUUGAUUCACAGAAUGAAUUGCAUGCAGAAAACAGAAUGGGUAAUGCAGAGUUUCUGGAUACUGAGCUUUUUAAGUGGAUGAGGACAUGUGCUUUUGCCGUAUCAAAGGCAUCUAUUGAAUGGGCAGAGAGGUACAAACCAAUGUUUGUCACUCUCAAAACUGAAGUACUAAGGGCACAUGAUUAUGGUCGAAGGAUGAUUGAGCUUGUGCAACCAAUUGUCUUCAGAUUGAUUAUGUAUUUUGGUAAUACAAUGCUUCUUCUGUUGAUGGCUUGGUUGGACUGUUUUAUCAGAGGCAUGGAAUCCUUGCUCCGCAUGGGGACAACAUCAGUUUUCUCUAUCAUUUGGUUUGGUGUCCUCUCAACAGUUGCAAUGGUCGGAAUGACGAAGUUUCUCAUAAUACUGGUAAUCACUGCUGUAAUUGGAUUGUUCACUGGUUUUGCCCUUGCAAGUGUGUUUAUUUUCUUCUCUGGAGCGACUUUCUUGUGGUUAUAUGGAAGCUUUUGGACAAGUGGACUUAUUAUGACUUUCGCAGCAGGAUUGGCAUUCAUACUGAGCCAUGAUCGCAUUGCAUUGUCUAUUAUGACCGUGUAUUCAAUGUAUUGUGCAUGGACAUAUGUUGGAUGGCUUGGCGUGCUUAUUGGCCUGAAUUUAUCAUUUAUUUCAAGUGAUAUUCUUCUAUACGUCCUAAGGAAUACUUUAGAACAAAGAAGGCCCAACAUUCAUGAAGAACAAGCAGCUGGAAUGCAAGGUGAACCAUCCUUUUUUUCCCAUGAGUCGAUGCAUGCUUCAUCCAGUGGAACUGGUACAGAUGUACCAGAUGAUCGUAAUCCUGGAAUACCUUCAACUAGUGGAUCUGAUUCUGAAGUGACAUCUGAAGAUGAAGUUGUUAGGUUGUUGAACUGUAAAGAUCAUUAUGCUGCAUUGGGCUUGUUCCGGUUUCAGAACGUAGACCUCUCCAUAAUCAAGCGGGAAUACAGGAAAAAGGCAAUGCUUGUCCAUCCAGAUAAAAAUAUGGGAAACGAGAAGGCUGCAGAAGCUUUCAAGAAACUUCAAAAUGCUUAUGAGGUUUUGCUGGAUUCCGCCAAGCGAAAAGAAUAUGAUGAUGAAUUGAAGAGGGAAGAGCUGCUGAAUUUUUUCCGAAAUAUCCAGAAUGGUUCUCAAGAGGGGCGGGGCUUCACUACCUCUAGCUUUGCACGCCCAGAAGCAGAAGGGGAGGACCCGCUUGGGGAGUUGAGAAGAAUUGCGUGCAGGAAGUGUGGCUACUUUCAUGUCUGGGUUCACACCAAGAAACCAAAAUCUAGAGCAAGAUGGUGCCAGGAUUGUAAAGAUUUUCAUCAAGCUAAAGAUGGGGACGGAUGGGUCGAACAGUCCUUACAGCCUCUCUUCUUCGGAAUACUGCAGAAGGUAGAACCUCCUGCUGCAUAUGUCUGUGCUGAUGGCAAAAUUUACGAUGCAACUGAAUGGUAUAUAUGUCAGGGGAUGAGAUGCCCAGUCAACACUCACAAGCCUAGUUUUCAUGUAAACACAAGUGUUAUGUCAAAGAAUAGCAAUGGGAAGGGAUCAAGUUCGGGACAAAGCAGAGGUGGGAUUCCGACACAUAAUAUGGAAGAGGCGAUGACAGAGGAGGAAUUCUUCGAGUGGUUCCAAAAUGCUAUGCAAUCUGGCAUGUUUGAAAAUUUUUCUGGUAGUACUAGUACAUCUGAGAGCCCACCUAACCGAAAUGUUCCCAAAACCGGGGGUGGCAAUAGUAGCAGCGUAGGCAACAAGAGAAAGAAAAAGGGAAAGAAGCAAUGGUGAGCACACAGGAAAUUAGUAUGUUUACGGACCAAAAAGGUAUACACGCCAAGUGCGUAGCGUCUGGUCUAUUGUGAAACCAAUCUUUUGACUCCUGCAUUACUGUAAUAGUGUGUACAGUAUUUUGCCCAAAUUCUGCUUGGGAUUGAAUUUUUGCUCAGGAAGUUGGUCAUGAAGUGAAUUACAUGUGGCAUGACUAGGGGUGUAAAAUGGUCGGUGGGCCCAACCGUACCCUGUAGGUGUCUCAUUCGUCAACCAACCCCAUAUUCGGGAAUUUGUUGAACCCACAACUUAUAAGCAUUUAAGAGUACUACCAAACAAGCACUUAAGUUAUGUAGAUUCACAAACUACUAGUUGGAGUAUUAAAGGAGAAAAAUUUUGAAA